UCACACUCGUUCUGACAUCGACUCUUAUCUGUUUUCAUAAUAAAAACCUAUUAUUAUCAGUCUCUUUUUUUUUUUUGAACAAAUUUAUUAUCAGUCUCUUAUUCUUCUUCUUAUGUCCUAAUCUCGACAUUAAUCUUCUGUCAUUUACCCAACGUCUCAUCCCUUUGUUGGUAACUCCGAGACUAUUCUUGGAAAUGGACCACUUUUGAAUUUUCUCCAUACAAUUAGAAACGUAUCACCUUCUUCAUCCCUCUUGUCGGUCACGUUUUGGUGCUAAUCCUUUUCUUCUUACCCUUUCUCUCUUUUCUUUUAUUCCAAAAAUUGUGAUCGGAUCAUUAAAACAUUUCAAGAAAUUAAGUUAUUCUUCUGGUGGGUUUAUGCUAUUUAUAGCUGAUUUAAUUGUGAAUUAAUCUUUGGUUCGAAGCUUGAGAUUAUGCAGAAGAAACGAGAGAUCUGUGAGUACAGAGACAAGCUAGACAAGACCUUGUCUUCUCCUGAUCUCACCAAUGAUCAGACUCUCAAAUCCCUUCUCAGAAAACAGCUUUACCCCUCCCAAGAGUGUAAUGAGAAUAUAUUGGAUAAAAGAACAGCUGAUGUAUCAAAGCUACUUACCACGCUUAGAAGUGUUUCCAUGACGGAUGAUCAUGGAAACAGUGAUUGGAAACUGAAACAUGAUCUUGAAGAUUGCCGUGUGAUGUACCGUGAAGGGGUAGAUGGAAGUCCUUUUCACACUAUGCUCGUUGAAGGUUACAUGGAUGCCCCUCUCCAAGAAUGUAGGCUUUUUUUCUUCUUCUUUCUAUUAGAAUAUAAACAGAUUCAAAGUUUUUCUAGAAAAUGGACUUAUGAUGAUGCAGGCUUGUGCGUUUCGUGGGAAGCAACCCUCUACAAGAAAUGGUGGCCACAGUUUACAUUCCCUCCAUUUAAGAUUGUACAAAACACAUGCUUGCAGAAGGUUAGGAUUGGUGAACAAGUAUGUUUUAUAAGGAUGAAGGUACCAUGGCCAUUAGCAGAAAGAGAACUUAUUGUUCACUAUUUCUUGUUUGAAUACUUUAAAGAUGGCUUAGUCGUCAUCCUUCUCAACACAAUAUCAGAUUUGGAUAGCAUUGGAGUUUCCUCUAAGGAGAUCAACGAGGACGUUAUGUCAGUAACACCUGGUGCAGUGAGGAUUGAUGUCGUGGGAGGAUUUGUUUUACAAAAGGUUACUCCAGAGAGGAGUUACUUCAGGACGAUAGGGGAUAUUGAUAUAAAGCUGGACUUUGUCCCUCCCUCUCUUAUGAAUUUUGUGUCUAGGCAGCUCAUUGGUAACGGUUUCAGAUUAUAUAAAAAGUCAGUUGCUUCCGUGGCUAAAUUUGAUGAAGAUUACAGCAGAGCUUUAGCUGAUCCGUUGUAUACUAAGAUACGUCAAGCUCUGUAUUCAACUGAUAACGCAAGUGAGGAAGAACCAAAGCUGGAAGCCAAUGAAGUGAAUGGCGAUAAGGAACAUGAUAAUGAUGAAGAUGUUAGUGAAAUUGAACAUGUACACUGUAGAAAAACCGUUCCUGAGAUUGAGGAGGAAGAAUAUGAUUAUUUUGAGGAAAGUAUUUCUUCAGAGGAGGGGAAUAUAAAUGGCAAGACUAAUGGCGACAUCAGAAGACGGUUUUGCAUAAGUCCAGAGGUAAAACAAGCUUUAGGGACUCUAGAUAGAGUGAUAUACAUGGUUAGAACAAAUACAACUCCUGUUCAAGAAGCUGAGGAGUUGUCGCCAGACAGAGCAGAGGAUGAUCACAAAAAGCAAGUCAGUCUGUUGGAACAUUUUGAAAAUGUUCCUCAAAAAUCAGAGAGGCAAGAUUUUUCAACCUCAACGGUCAUACAAGAGACGAGGGUUUUUAGUCAAGAGGACAAGAGAGAGAAGGUGACAGGAGAAGAAGAGAGUGGGAUCUUAGAAAAAGGUGGUAAGAACAAGAGCUUGGGGAGGAGGAAACGUAAGACACGCUGCUUAGCUUUCAGGUCCUGGCUCUGAAGGAAGCUCGAGUUCCUAUUGUUCUGCGAAGAGUGUGCGGCAACAUACGAGUUGAUAAGGAUUUGGAUUGUGUUUACUUGAAAAUCUAAUCUUAGAUGCAUGAUCCAUGCAAAAGUUUAUGGAUUCUUUUUUGUAAACUUGUUUCUCAGGAGGAAAAGAUUAUAUACACAUUUUUUUUCUUUUAA